GUGACAGUAGGUUGGAAGGGGCAAACGUCAGGGAUUUUUUUUUACUUCUUUUAUUUAAGAAGUUAAGAAAAUGACACGGCGUUGUAUUUGUGAACUCUGCAACUGUGGACGCCACCGUUGUCCCCAUCCACCUACUGCACUGCACUAUGGGAAGGGGAAUAAAGUGUGUGUCAUCACCGAAUACACAGAGAAGUACCCUUCCUAUGGCCGUCAGCAUCCGACCCAAAGCUUGAAACCUAAACGGGACUUUGAGGGUAACAAGGGGAAAAUGGAUGGAACCACCACAUUCAAGACGGAUUAUAUUCCAUAUGAAGUUCUCCCGCGCCCUGGUCGGCAGAAGGCUGAGUACAAGCCCAAACCUGGUGAGAUAGACAUGGGAACCACUUACCACCAAGACUUCCCUUGCUAUGAAGUGAGAUCAGUACCUCCUACUAAGCCCAAACAAAGAUCUCAUGUGGGAUCCGGUAAAUUGGACACUGUGCCCACUUACAAAGAGGAUUUCCGCCAGUGGGAAUUGUCAAAGAGGGAGCUCCGAAAGCCAGAUGUGACGUAUCGUCCUCCCUCAGCCAAAUUUGGCAACUCCACCACAUUUCAGGACGACUUCGCUCCGAGGGGCCUGGUGAUGCGAGAGAGCUUCAAGCCCUCCAACCAGCCCAAGCUGUCCGACGUUCCCUUCGACGGGGUCACCAGCAACCAGCAGGCCUACGUCGCCCACACACUGGAGCCUCGGUUCUCCAGGCCGCCCAAGGUGUACGAGCGCAGCAGUGAGCCUCUGCAGGGCCUCACCUCCCACAAGCAGGACUUCCAGGGCCUGCCCGGCGCCAUCCCCAAGAGCUGCAAGCCCGAGAACCCCAAGGCCACCUCGGACAGCCGCUUCCAGAGCAGCACGGAGUUCCGCGACCGCUUCCAGCAGUGGCCAGUGGCCAUGCCCCCGCGCCACAAGACCCUGGAGUACGUGGCUCCCUCCGCCACCAUGGACUUGAGCACCACCACCAACACGUACUACACCAGGCACAACAUCCAGCCCUAUGUGUCGGCGAAGCCCUUCGCUCGGCCUGCCCAGUCCUCGGUGCCCUUCCAAAGCCUCACCACCAUGAAGGAGGACUUCAAGGCGUGGGGGUCGUGCAAGCAGGACAUCAUCAAGAAGCCCGAGGAGCUGCACAAGGCCACCGGCAAGAUGGAGGACCUGACCACCUUCAGGGCCCAUUUUACCCAGCAUGCGCUGCAGCCAAACGUCAGCUUCAAGCCGCCCAACGCAACCAUGCAGAGGGACGUGCCCAUGGAGGACGGGACCAUGUACAGCACCGAGUUCACCCCCAAGAGGAUCAACGUGUGUCCAGCCAGCUUCGGCAAUCCUCCAGGGUACGUGCUUGAGGACAACGAUGAACGCGGCCACACGUUCUUCCGCAAGAUGCCCUCUCAGGAGGGAGUCAAGAUGGUCCAAACCCAGGAGGCAGUGGCCGUCAACUAAAGAAGCUCCAAACCCAGGAAUCAGUGGCAGUCAACUACAGUAAGCAGGUGACCACAGUGGUAACACCAUGAGGCUCAUUAAAACAUGUCAUUCUGCUUCUUCCAAAUGUUUUGUGUGAGAGAUUCAGAAAUAUUUUACUCGGUAUAAAGGAAAGGUAAUGAUGCACUGUGGAAAUAUAAGAAUAAUCGGUAGAUGCACAUCUGGUAGCAUAAUUGACGUUGAUUACUUCUGACAUGCAUUGACUUCUGACAUAUUUCAUGAGAUUAAAUGAAGGUCUAUAGUAUUGUAUCCUAAUCUGUCAGCCCCAAAUCACUGCUAUUUCAUAACAUGACACUGAUAAAUCAACAUGUGCACUUUUUCAACCUGUAUUACCAUCACACAGAAUUAUGAUUAUGUACUUGAAAUGUUUUUCACUUUUGAAAGUGAAGUUUAUAAUUGUGAGUGGUUCCAUGAACAAGGAACAGUUAUCAAUUGCCAAAUUGUGUGAAAAUCUAGUUAAAUGAAGAAUAAAAUAAAUUGACAUAAAUUAAUGGCACUUACCUUUUUCAACACAAUAAUGAAUUUAAAUAAAUCUAUUGAAAAUUGUUUUAUUUUCUCAGGUCAUUAGCAGUUGUGAUUAGCUGCAAGCGUAUGCUGUAAUUGUAUCCGUGUUAUCUUCUCCAACCGCUACUAUUUAAAACACAUUAUAAGGGCAGUAUCCAUGUUGACUGGUGGUGUGUAUGUAAGAUGAGUGGCGUAUUUAAUACAUUAAAACAUUUGUGAAUGUAUUAAAUCCAUGCGUAUAAAAUUAAAGAAACAUAUAUGACAUUAAUAAACCACAUCAACAAGUGCUAUAUGCAGGGUUUCUACUAUAGUCUUCAACACAGGCCUGGCCAAAAAUAUUACAACCUGUACACUUUUUACAAAUAUUGUUGUACCCAUAUUUGGUAUGUAGUAACACAUUUUCUUUUGCAAUAAAACACCCCUAAUAAUGUGCCC